UUGUCAGUGACAUAACUGCAGUGAUGUUGGAGCCUGCGGGGCUUUCUGUUAGGUAGGACUGCACUGUGACUCUGAGCGUCAGUGUCAGGGAAGAUUUUUGGGAUACAGUAGAUAGGGGAGUUUGGACUAUAGCAUUCCUGCUGCUGCAUCCACUGUAAAGAAUGGAGGAUGUAAAGAAUGGAGGAUCUCAGCCUGCCUACAGUCGCUGGUCGUACAGACCCUCCAGCUCUGCAAGCUUCUCUUCCAACUCGACAGCAAGUGGCAUUGAAGACGACAGCGCCACUCUCAUGCAGCAGAAACUGAAAAAACAAAGAGCUCUCCUGGAGCAGAAGCAGAGGAGGAAGCGUCAGGAACUCAUGGUCCAGCCGAACACAGAGACCCGCCCCCGGCGCUCCAGGACAGGGCGGGGCGAGGAGCAGGCCCCCUUGGUUGAUUCUCAACUCAAUGUCACCAACGAUGUAAUCAUGGACGGCAUUGAUGGCCCAGCAGCUUUUUUAGGCUCAGAAGCCUCUGACCAGGGGACGAAAAUACAAAUCCUGUCUGUGAGCCAGUCCCAGUCCCCUUCUCAAUCUCAGUCUCAGUUCAAGGUACAGCCUCAUUCUCAGCCCCAGUCCCCCGCUGCUGAAGAGCCUGAGCGAGACGGAGACACUGAGUCGCUCCUCGAGCAAACAGACAUCCACGAAUUACUGAAGAAACAAGGUCUGUGUGGCAGCAUGAAUUUUGAUGAAGACAGCGAGAAUGAGGACGACGGGGAGGAAGAACGGACGCGUUCUCUGUCCCCGAACGCAGACACAACGAGACCGGAUUCAGCCGCCAGUGGAAAGACAUUCCUGUGACUGGUAACCCCCGGAUCGCCCACGGCUGACAGCGCACUUAUCGAUGUGGCCAAUCUGGAGGAGUUCGUCUUCCUUCCAGCUCCACGCGGCGUCACUGUUAAAUGUCGGAUCAGCCGGGACAAGAAGGGCAUGGACCGCGGACUCUACCCCACCUACUUCAUGCACAUGGAGAAAGAGGACGGCAAGAGGGUGUUUCUGCUGGCAGGUAGGAAAAGAAAGAAGAGUAAGACGUCUAACUACCUUAUUUCAGUGGAUGCCACUGAUCUGUCUCGAGAGGGAGAGAGCUUCAUAGGUAAACUCAGAUCCAACCUCAUGGGCACAAAAUUCACCGUGUACGACAACGGCACCAAUCCCUGCAAAAACCCCGGAGCGCUACUGGAGGAGAGCAACAAACGACAGGAGCUGGCAGCCAUCUGCUACGAAACCAACGUGCUGGGAUUUAAAGGACCACGGAAGAUGACAGUUAUCAUCCCGGGAAUGAACAUGAACUUUGAGAGAGUUCCUGUGCGACCUCAAAGCGAGCAGGAUAGUCUCCUGAGCAGGUGGCAGAACCACUCCAUGGAUAACCUCAUCGAGCUGCACAACAAGGCCCCCGUGUGGAACGACGACACCCAGUCUUACGUCCUGAACUUCCACGGCCGCGUCACCCAAGCCUCGGUGAAAAAUUUCCAAAUAGUUCACGACAAUGACCCCGACUACAUCGUCAUGCAGUUCGGCCGAGUGGCUGAAGACAUCUUCACUCUGGACUACAACUACCCCAUGUGUGCCCUCCAAGCCUUCGCCAUCGGCCUGUCGAGCUUUGACAGCAAGCUGGCCUGUGAAUGAACUCCCACUUUAGACUUCCAAAUCGACACAUUUCCUGCCCGCCCUCGAGUCUUUGAGCAUACUCAUGAUCUUUUAGUGGGGUUAUUUCUAAAUAAUAAUCAAUAAAUCAGUUCACACAUUUUGCACAGUUAAUGUGUUAAUUUGUGUACACUCUUAAAGGGAAAGUAAAACACACCUCUCCUCUGUGGACAGCCAGUACAAGAAAGAACUGAUGUUUAAUUUAUGACUCACAGUUUGAAGGCCAGCGAUAAAGUGUAUGAAUCAUGUAUUUUUACUUUUUCUCCUGUUACCUUGAAAUGAAAUUUCCCUGUUUUUUUUUUUUUUAAUCACACUAGCAGCUGGUAUGUCUCUUAUUAGAACAUCCAUUAUUUGUUGCCUGUAAUCUGGCGCCACCCUUAGGCCAAAACUCAGAAUUAGUUAUUAACAAGUGACAGAGCAAAUUUAAGUUUUAUUCUCUUUUUUUUCACAUCCAUAAAACCAUACUUUUAAACUACUGUACAUACUGUUCAUUGUCCUCCAGAGUUCCUCUUUUGUUUACAUCUUUAAAUGUGUCUGAAUUGUUAAACUGUCUGCUCUGAUGCUACACUUUAAUUUUCAUGUUUCAUCCCUGUUGUUAACAUUGUGUGGAAGGUGAACUGUUGUCUUACAUGCCAUAUUUCUUCUGUUUUUUUUCCUUUUCUUUUGUGAAUAAGUAUCAUCUGUAUCUUGUGACUGUGAUUUUUCUUUAUGGAAACACGUUGGGUUAUCGUGGAAAAAGAAAACAUCAAUGCAGAAUUGCACAAUUUAAAAAAAAAGAAAAUAUACAUACUGUACAUAAUACCAGGUGACACCCUCUUAUUUGGUGCCUUUUAGUGUUGUUUUGUUUUAACAAAAAGUGUAAUUCCCAGAAAUGUAAUUUAAGUUAAAGAUGAAUACUCUACACACAGCUUUUAUUUUGGCAGCACAGGAGUCACCCAGGUCGGUUUCUAUUAGAAGAAACUACAAGAAAUCUCCUGUCAGCACAGACUCCAGAUCUGUGGCAUUUAGAGUGGAGAUGCAGUUGGUGCUAAAUUUGUACUAACCACAUUUAAGUCUUAUUUCAACACCUACAAGAUAGAACUUCCUGUGCCUCUUCUUCUGUAUCUACUCCCUUCAUAUAGAGGGAAACUUAAGGGAAAACAAUCCAAAAUACUUUACAUCAUUAUUAAAUAUCCUUCAUGUUUUGUCUACUCUUUGAAUCAUGACCUCUGUGGAGAAAACAUGUUAAGGAUCAUUAUUACCACAAAGCCUAGAAAUGAAAUCAGAGCCUCUUUACAAACAAACCAUGCCCUUCAGAGUUGUGUCGUGCUUUGACUCGUCCUUAACACGUAAAGAUUCAUGUACCUGGUUCAUGUGAAGGGAAACUGUUGUUGCAACGUGUUUGAAUUAAGUGUGCCAGGAAUUUAUGAAAACAAUUAAGUUUUUGUCAUUUGUGUUGUGCAAUGAAGAGAUUGAUUGACUUUGAAUUCUAUGCUUUUACUUUGGGACACAGCGAGACAUUUGGAAAAUUAGCUGACGUAUAAAGCUGUAUUUUUUUUUUUUUUUUUUUACAAAUGGAGAUUAUAUCA